UAAAAAGACAAUUAUCAAACUAUGGUAAUACUAGUAACAAAACUCAAGUCAUAUUUCAGAUUUUGUGAAUGACUUUGUAGUUUCUGAAAAAUAAUAUUUUGAAUAAACGUAAAUGGGUCAGAGUCAAUCAGGUGGAAAUGCGGGUGGUGAAAAAAAAGAUGACAAAGAGAAAAAGAAGAAGUAUGAGCCACCAAUUCCAACUCGUGUAGGUAAAAAGAAACGUAGGACUAAGGGUCCAGAUGCAGCCCUAAAACUGCCACAAGUCACUCCUCAUACAAGAUGUCGUCUAAAACUACUAAAAUUAGAAAGAAUUAAAGAUUAUCUUCUCAUGGAAGAAGAGUUUAUUCGUAAUCAAGAACGACUCAAGCCUCAGGAAGAGAAAAAUGAAGAGGAGCGAUCAAGAGUAGAUGACUUGAGAGGAACUCCUAUGUCUGUUGGUAAUUUAGAAGAAAUUAUUGAUGAUAAUCAUGCUAUUGUUUCUACUUCUGUGGGUAGUGAACAUUAUGUCAGUAUUUUGUCCUUUGUGGAUAAAGAUCAGUUGGAACCUGGUUGUUCAGUCUUACUGAAUCAUAAGGUCCAUGCAGUUGUUGGAGUUCUGGGUGACGAUACUGAUCCAAUGGUAACAGUUAUGAAAUUGGAAAAAGCUCCUCAAGAAACAUAUGCUGAUAUUGGAGGAUUAGAUACACAAAUUCAAGAAAUCAAAGAAUCUGUUGAAUUACCUUUGACUCACCCAGAGUACUAUGAGGAAAUGGGAAUAAAACCGCCAAAAGGUGUAAUAUUAUAUGGACCACCAGGAACUGGCAAAACAUUACUGGCAAAAGCUGUUGCCAAUCAAACUUCAGCCACAUUCUUGCGUGUUGUGGGAAGUGAACUUAUUCAGAAAUAUUUGGGUGAUGGGCCUAAACUAGUUCGUGAAUUGUUCCGAGUAGCAGAGGAACAUGCUCCUUCAAUUGUUUUCAUAGAUGAGAUAGACGCUGUUGGUACUAAACGUUAUGAUUCAAACUCAGGAGGUGAACGUGAGAUACAAAGAACUAUGUUGGAGCUACUAAAUCAGCUAGAUGGUUUUGAUUCAAGAGGAGAUGUCAAGGUUGUAAUGGCCACAAAUAGAAUUGAAACAUUAGAUCCAGCUUUAAUCCGUCCAGGAAGAAUUGAUAGAAAAAUCGAAUUUCCUCUUCCCGAUGAGAAAACUAAACGCCGAAUCUUUAACAUUCACACAUCUAGAAUGACCUUAGCCGAAGAUGUUAAUUUAGCCGAAUUGAUCAUGGCCAAAGAUGAUUUAUCAGGUGCGGAUAUUAAAGCAAUUUGUACAGAAGCUGGUCUGAUGGCAUUAAGAGAACGUAGAAUGAAAGUUACAAAUGAGGAUUUCAAAAAGAGUAAAGAGAGUGUAUUGUAUCGCAAAAAGGAGGGAACUCCAGAAGGUUUAUAUCUUUAAUUAAAAAUAUUUAAUACAGACACAUGA